AGUGGUUUGGUCGUGGCUUUCAUUCCAUCAAACAUAUCCUUCAAUUGGACACCGGUUCGCGGAUGAUCCAACGGCAGCCCAUCGGAUAUCGUUUGGAAACGAAAGCCAGCAUAGCGCGUGAAUCUGUCCAGAAUGUUGGUGUAACGGAGGAGGCGGCUGUGGGUGUAGUAGGAGUUGAGGAAGGUGAUGCGGAGGCCGGCGAGGGAAAGAAGUUCGGCGAGUUUGAGCAUGGAAUUGACAUGGCCUUGAAUGGGAAAAGGGAAGACAAGGACAUGGGGAGAGACAGACCGAUGUUCCAUGUCGAAUUUUGGUAAGGUAGCACCUUAAUUUCCUAACAUUAACAUUCAUGGCCCAUGACUCCAUGUGGGAUUUAUAACGAAAUAAACUCUCUUCAUUGCUCCUAGUGCCCACUGCUCAGCUUCGGCCUUGUGGGCGUACACGCGUAUUAAUUAGGUAACCAUGGUAGGUUUGAGAUUCGCUCCAGUACUUCUGAUUCCAUGUUUUUGUAUUUUAUAAAGUUUUAGAAAAUAGCAAAUAACAUGUUUUUUUUAGAAAGUAAAUAUAUAUUCAAAUGCCAGCUCAGCAAGUAGUAUUUUACUCUUGAAAUAAAAAUAUAUUUAAGGAUGAUGACGUAUUUUAUAACAUAGUUUAACAUAUCUAUAUUUUAACUAUGAGAGAUUUAUUUCGUCGUAUCAUAAAAUGUGUAUUAUAACUACAUAUGUCUACACAACUUUUUAAUCAUGUGAAAACCGUGGUAGAAGUAUUUUAGGGCUUUAGCUAGCUCCGGGAUUAACAAUUGACUGAUUAGCAUCGUGGAAUUAUUGACUAGAGGGAUUUAUAACAGAAGAAAAAACUUAAAUUAAAAGUAAAUGUAUCUUUCACAUACCAUCAAAGCAAUCAAGAGUGAGAAUAGAAAAUAGAAUUAUAUAAUUACAAAAUCUUCCCAAAAGAUUCUAUCAAUUUCCGAAUUCUGCACCCAGUAUUAUAUAUUAACCGUGCUGGCCCAUUGAUGUCCAUGGGCCAUAAACUUCCUUCCCAAGUCUAACUCUUGUAAGCCCAUUAGGACUGAUUAAAUUGAAGAAACCUAGAACUGUGGAUUAAGGCCCAUCACCUAGAAUUUGACGAUGGAAAGUGGUGGAAGGUUGGAGAGACGUCUCGUUCCUAUCCAAACUGGAAGUGUCCAGAAGGGUCAGGAAACCACCACAAUCCUCUUUCACCUCCUAUAUAGAGAGCUCAUCUCUAUCCCUUUCAUCAUCAAGAAAUCGUUCGAAGCCUGCGUACGAGAUAUUUCGCCUUUCAGCAAAUCAAUUCAAUUUGAUCGAUCGACCAAAAAUGGCACUCAUUUCAAGUGUUCUUGGUGGUGGCCGACGGAGCAACAUCUUUGAUCCCAUCUCUCUAGAUAUCUGGGAUCCCUUCGAAGGCUUUCCUUUUAGCACCACUCUUGCCAACGUUCCUAACAGCGCUCGCGAAACCUCUGCCUUCGUCAACACCCGUAUUGAUUGGAAAGAGACUCCCGAAGCUCAUGUUUUCAAGGCGGAUCUUCCAGGGUUGAAGAAGGAGGAAGUGAAGGUUGAGGUUGAAGAGGGCAGAGUACUUAAAAUUAGUGGAGAGAGGAGUAAGGAGCAGGAGGAGAAAAAUGAUAAAUGGCAUCGGGUGGAGAGGAGCAGCGGCAAGUUCCUUCGCCGGUUCAGGUUGCCGGAGAAUGCUAAGAUGGAUCAAGUCAAGGCUACUAUGGAGAACGGUGUGCUAACUGUGAGGGUUCCAAAAGAAGAGGUGAAGAAGCCGGAGGUCAAGGCGAUCGAGAUAUCUGGUUAAGUCAUUAGAAGGUUGACGGCCAUCAAGAGACAUGAUGUUUUCAAAUUUAGCUACUGGGCAUGUGUAUGCAAGGCAGUUUUGUUAUCCCUUUUUGGUUGUGUUUUUCCUUUUUAUGUGGGUUUAAAUAAAUGUGUAUCAUCAUAAGGUGUGUUUUAAAGUAUAUAAAUGAAUAAUUUUCUUUAAUUAGAAA